CCAAGUCCAAGUCAAAUCUCCGUACCGGAAAAGAAAAAGCCCGAACGUUGCCACUUUGAUGGAUUCUCAACCUCCGGCGAACGGGUCCUCCCCGUCGACGAUCGGAGACCUUUGGAACCGCGCCGCAUCCUUGAUCCCAACUUCCAGUUCCAUCUUCCCCGGAAAAUUCUCCAAUCUCUAUCGCCAAACUUUCACCAAGAAACGACAUGUCUCUUUUCCUCUUCCUCUACCGUCCGACUUCCCAUGCUCGUCUGCCAACAUCUCGGCGGAUACGUCUAGGAUUUACAUUGUGUUGGAGGAGAUAAUGGCUGACGUUCUCUCCAACUUGCAUGAUAUUCAGAAGAGUUUGGAGUUUUGGCAAUCUAGAGCUGAGGGCUCUAAUGCUCGGAAAGCUUACUUCAUGGUUUUCGAGAGAGGACCUGUAGCUUUCCUUGACGAGAGUAGGAAGCUCGUCCGCAAAAGUCUCGGUGAGGAUUCUGCUAUGCAGCAUCUUUCUCAGACGUCUUCGUCUCAUAUGUUUGAUAGGAUGAGGGUUUUGAUGGAGUUGAGAUCUUCACUCGCUUCCUUUCUUGCUCAGCUUUAUGUUGAGUUGGAUAAGCGUGGUGGAGAUCUUUUGAAGAAUCCGGAGAAGUCACUGCCGUCGUUGUUGGUUGUUAUUGAUCGAUUGUUUUCGAAUUUGGAGGGUUCUUUCAGCCACUUACACGCUGCCCGUGAGUCUGAUUCUUCUAUUGAGGGAAGUUACUCAAUCCCUCUCGUGUUUGAUCGAUUGUCUGAGGUUAACGAAGAAGGAUCCCAGUGGACUGAUUGUGAACUUACAGAUGCGAUCAAUUUGGUUCAUAAGAAUUUGGAGAAACUUAACUCAUACUUAUCAGUUAUGGUAGGCAAACAUCGAAAACCAAGGAGGAUGACCCUGUACUGGGUCCGAUAUACAUGUGGUGCAGUUGGGCUUUCUAUUUUGUCUAUAUGGCUACUACGUCAUAGUAGUUUGAUGGGAAGUUCUGACAUCGAGAACUGGAAUCAUGAUGCAAAAGAAGCAACCGUGAGCUUCUUCAGUGAUCAUGUUGAGCAACCGCUGCUUGCCAUUAGGGAUGAGCUUUUUGAUACUUUCCGGAAAAGACACAAGGGUGUCAUGGAGGCUGAAGAAGUGCAGCUAACGCAAGACUCACUGCAUAGAAUGCUAAGGAAUUUCUGCGAGCAGGCUAAACCUGAAAAGGUAUCAGAUAAUGCAACUGAUCAGGAGAUGCUGGAAGUUGUUAUGCACCGGUAUGAAAAGGAACUUGUGCACCCUAUUCACAACCUCUUUAGCGGAGAGCUUGCCCGUGGCAUGCUAAUCCAGGUCCAGAAGCUUAAACUGGAUAUAGAAACAGCCAUGCUUGAACUAGAACAGAUACUUCGUGCGAAUGAAAUAAACUUUGCCAUUCUAGCUGCAUUACCUGCAUUCUUUCUCACCCUUGGUAUGCUCGCAUUGCUUCGGACAUGGGUUAAACAGGAUAGCAAAGCUCAAGGACGUGGAAGAAUUGCACGUAUCCACAGGAGGCUACUUGUCGUUGAAAUUGAAAAGAGAAUUAUGCAGUAUCAGAGCUACAUUGAACAAGGACGUGAUAAGGAUGCAGAAACCGUAUUUGGUUUGCUAAUAUACAGCCUUGAGCGUUUGUACCGGGUUGUUGAGACUCCUGCGAAAACAAGCGGCGAGUGGGAUCUAGUGAAACAAGAUCUGAUCGAGUUAGGAAGACCACAACAGCAAACAUCGUACAAGCUAACUGUGACACAGCGUCUGGUAACCGUUUACGAUUGCUUGCUCCCCUCUCUGAAGCUACAAUAACUUAUCACGGGUGCCUGAUCUCCCUUUUGUGGAAACCAAUUUUAUUCAAUUAUUCCUCCACCAACUCUUGCUUGACUGCCUUUGUGGAAUGCCUUCUUCUUUUUUUUUUACUUGAGAAAUGGUAAAACAAAGUUACAGUUAGAAGAUUGUUAUGGGCUCACCAUCUCGUUUUCUCCUUUGUUGUAAUUCAACAUAUCCAAACCUGUUUAUAUUCUUUGUAUUUGAUCUAAGAAGAGUACCAUUGCUUUGUUU